UGUUCUGGAUUUCUACUGGAUACAAUAUGGACACGGUUUGUUUAGAACAAUGCAAAGAUGGCAUGGCCACCUCCAAGACAGCCGAACCAAAUCCUGUGAUAAGUGGAAUGGAAGCGAACAGACAACCAGAUAUCCCUACAACUUGUGGACAAGGACGCGCACAGCCUUCUGAAGGCGCCUCAGCGGAAAAGCCAUCCAUUAUCCUCGAUGACGAAACAUACAAAUCCAAACUGAAAUCCGCUCGUGGAAGAUUAGAAUCGUCAAAGGCCAGCUUCAAUUUUCAAAAGUCUCGAGCAACAAGCAGCAAUCACCAUGUUAGCUUCACUGGGUCUAAGAGUAAGACGUUGUACCAGCUGCCGGUUGUCUAUUUUGUCGUCAAAGCGGACAAAAUGCCUUGCCUCCCUGAAAACUAUCCUGAUAGGUGUCAGAGAGAAUCGCGUAAGGCUUAUGCGGCGAAAAGUCGUCAUCAGUUUCUUACAAGACGGAGGGAGAAGAAACGUCAGCACGACGCUAACGUCAAGCAGGUGAAAGCCCUAGGGUCGCAGGUAGGGCUUAAAGUUGAGCAAAUGAAGACAAACGCCAUUCAGUCAAUCAGUCCUUGGCCUUCGAGGCAACCCACUACUCCUUUCAAUUCAUUAUCUGAGAGAUCAGAUGUUAGAUCUCAAGAAACGGUGUUUGUUAACGGUGAUAAUCUCUUGGACGAUGAUGAGAAAUCUCAAGCAUCUGGGGUUGAUUCGGAGGGCUUCAAUAGGUCUCAAGGGUGCCAUGGGAAACCACACUUCUCAGCCUAUGACAUUGAACUUCCAGAUCUCAAAUGUAAUACAAAUAGAUCAGAUUCGCCCGAUAGUUGUUCUUCUAAGAAAGUCCAUUUUUCAAAGAAUGUUUCUGGAGCCAAAGGUUGCAACAUCCAGCUUCCAAGGGUAGAUCAGAGUGCCGAAGACUUUAUAGGAUCUGCGACCAAGCAGCAAGAGCAACUCAAAGAACCAACAAGAAGUAAACUAGAACCCAACAUGGUCCUUGACACAACGUCAUCAAAGCCAAGACGCGCGACCAACCCUCUCAAACUUCCUAAAAUCGACAUGCUUUCUCCAAUAUACGACGAACUCAUCCUGAAGACAUUCCAGACCUUUAUGACAAAGAAAACGCCUUUAUCUGACCGAACGACAAGAGCCCUCCUCCAGAGGGUGACUGCCAUUCUCCAUCCAAUGGAUGAUGACCCACCCCGCGUCCCUGACCGGAAGACUCCCAGUACAAGACCACAGACCAGACAGAACAGUUUCUUCUCCACAGAACCUGAAGCGUGCAACUCCCAGAUGGGUUACAUCGACGUGUCCAGCAGUGGCAUGACAGUCGACGGCAAGUCGAUGUCCAUGUUGCUACGGGACGUGGAGUCGAGACAGAGACGGCUUCAACUUCAAUCCACCUGCUUCCAGAUGGUUCCUCCAGGCCUCAACCGGGAGCACUCGGAAUCCAUGCAGACUCUCGUGGCCUCUGACAAAAGACCUGAAAUCUACAUCCCUUCAUGCUAAGGGUCUGUUUCAGGACGCAGAACAUUUGCCCAUAUCCUUUCCUUGAUUUCGGGACUCUUGUAAUUCUGUGUCUUGUAGUCCACUUACCGUUCUUGACUUCGGGACUAACGUGUGCAAGCUUAAUACCUUUAAGUGCAACGUGCGUUCAUAUACUGAUCCUAGUUUCGAGACCUAAGCGUGUAUCUUGUGUCCACAUACGUUUGGAGUUAAAUGUGCAACAAGUGUCCAAUACAAUUCCUAAUUUCGUGACCUAUGACAUGGGCAACAUGUGUCCACGUUAAGUUCCUGAUUUCGGGACCAAUGGUAUGUGCAAUGUGUGUCUACAUACAGUUUGGUGAUUUUGCUAAAUCACGUGGCCACACGCUGUUCCUGGAUUCGGGAACCAUACCUACAUACCUCUAAAUACCUACCGUCGUGAUAAUGAAUGGAACAAUGUGUGAUUAUCCUUACCAACCAGUUUAGCCAAGAAUACCCAGAAGCCUCUUUACCAAUUUGAACUUAACACCAUGCGUUUAUGUACAAUAUUAACUCAUAUGAGAUAGUGGUGUUCCGAUUAAUGGAAAUAAUCGAAGAUUGGUCGAAGUGACCAAACGACCAAGCAAUCGAUCACAUUUUCUCAUAAUCGAACACAAACGAUUUUGG